AUGGAGGAUGGUGCAGUACAGUGCCUCCCUCAACGCCCCUGGUCCAUCGCCACUCACUCUCUCGUUAUCAGGAUGGAAGUCGACUCCAAAUUACUCAAUGUGGGUGCCCUCCUCAUCGCCACUCUCGUCGCUGCCAAAAUCAUCGCCGCCUUCUUGAUCCCCAGAUCCCGUAAACGUCUUCCUCCCGUCGUCAAAGCAUUUCCGGUCGUCGGAGGUUUGUUACGCUUCUUGAAAGGGCCAAUCGUGAUGCUCAGACAGGAAUACCCUAAAUUAGGAAGCGUCUUCACACUCAAUCUCGUUAACAAAAACAUCACGUUCUUGAUCGGACCUGAAGUUUCAGCCCAUUUCUUUAAAGCUUCUGAAUCGGAUCUCAGCCAACAGGAGGUUUACCAGUUCAAUGUCCCGACUUUUGGCCCCGGCGUUGUGUUCGAUGUGGAUUAUUCCGUCAGACAGGAACAGUUUAGGUUCUUCACUGAAUCUCUGAGAGUUAAUAAACUUAAAGGGUAUGUAGAUCACAUGAUCUUCGAAGCUGAGGAAUUCUUUUCAAAAUGGGGCGAUAGUGGUGAAGUGGAUCUGAAACUCGAACUAGAACACCUAAUCAUUCUUACGGCCAGUAGAUGUCUAUUGGGUGAAGAAGUUCGCAACAAGCUUUUCGAUGACGUGUCUGCUCUUUUCCAUGAUCUUGAUAAUGGCAUGCUACCCAUCAGUGUCAUAUUCCCGUAUCUCCCCAUCCCAGCCCAUCGCCGCCGUGACCAAGCACGGAAGAAACUUGCAGACAUAUUCGCAACCAUCAUUACUUCCCGGAAGCAAAGCGGGAAAUGUGAAAACGACAUGUUGCAGUGCUUCAUCGAUUCCAAGUACAAAAACGGCCGCCCUACAUCUGAUUCGGAGGUCACCGGACUUCUCAUCGCUGCUCUUUUUGCAGGGCAGCACACGAGUUCUAUCACCUCAACAUGGACAGGAGCUUACCUCCUCUGCAACCAGAAACACAUGGCGGCGGUGGUUGAAGAACAGAAGGAUCUUAUGAAAAAACACGGCGACAAGGUUGACCAUGAUAUCUUGUCUGAGAUGAAUGUGUUAUACAGAUGCAUAAAGGAAGCGUUGAGACUCCACCCUCCUCUAAUCAUGCUCUUGCGAAGCUCACACAGUGAUUUCACCGUGACAACAAAAGAAGGCAAGGAUUAUGACAUUCCAAAAGGCCACAUAGUUGCCACGUCACCUGCCUUUGCAAAUCGACUCCCACAUAUCUUCAAGGAUCCGGACACUUAUGACCCAGAUAGAUUUGGCCCGGAGAGAGAAGAGGACAAGGCUGCAGGGGCAUUUUCGUAUAUAUCUUUUGGUGGUGGAAGACAUGGUUGUCUUGGAGAACCAUUUGCUUAUCUGCAGAUUAAAGCGAUAUGGAGUCAUUUGUUGAGAAACUUUGAGUUGGAAUUGGUGUCUCCAUUUCCAGAGAUUGACUGGAAUGCUAUGGUGGUUGGUGUCAAAGGGAAGGUUAUGGUUCGUUAUAAGCGAAAAGUGUUGCAGUGAUUAUAAUAGAUUAAGGUUUCAUCUUUUUGGUUUUCUGGUGUGUUAGUGGUAUUCAUGUCUUUGGAUUAUGUAUCUUUCAGCUUUCUUCAAUUGCUCUGGUCAAGCUUUUGUGUCUGUUUUUUUUUUCACCAUUUCUUAACGUUAGAAUUUGUUGUUAAUGGGAGUGUUUAACAUUGAGGUUUAAUUAAGUUCAAUUUCAGAAAAAUGGAU